AUGAACACACUGAGCGCCCCACAGCCACGGAUGAUGAAUCCUCAGCAAGGGACAGCCUGUCCUGUUAUGAUCACUGUUGAUAGGGAUAAAAUUUAUCAAUGGAUCAUUGAACUUACUAAUCCAGAAACGAGAGAGAAUGCUCUUCAAGAAUUAAGCAAAAAGAGAGAAGUUGUUCCUGAUCUUGCCCCAAUGCUGUGGCAUUCUUUUGGAACUAUUGCAGCCCUUCUACAAGAAAUUAUCAAUAUUUAUCCUGCCAUAAAUCCACCACAAUUAACAGCUCAUCAAUCAAACAGAGUGUGUAAUGCAUUAGCUCUACUACAGUGUGUAGCAUCUCAUCCUGAAACAAGAUCAGUAUUUUUACAAGCUCACAUCCCCCUGUUUCUUUAUCCAUUUUUGCACACUGUUAGUAAGACACGGCCAUUUGAAUAUCUCCGAUUAACAAGUCUUGGUGUUAUUGGUGCCCUUGUUAAGACUGAUGAACAAGAAGUUAUCACAUUCCUCCUUACCACAGAAAUCAUUCCAUUAUGUUUACGGAUAAUGGAAUCGGGCAGUGAGCUAUCUAAAACAGUUGCUACUUUCAUUUUGCAAAAAAUUCUUUUAGAUGAAACUGGUUUGUCCUACAUUUGCCAAACAUAUGAAAGAUUUUCACAUGUAGCAAUGAUUUUGGGAAAAAUGGUAUUGCACUUAUCUAAAGAACCAUCUUCCAGACUGCUGAAACAUGUAGUUCGCUGUUACCUCCGCCUCUCAGACAAUCCACGUGCUAGAGAAGCCCUCAGACAAUGUCUUCCUGACCAACUCAAAGAUGCUACAUUUUCCAGUAUUCUCAGCAGUGAUGCCCAUACAAAGCGUUGGCUUAUGAAUCUGCAAUCAAAUUUAGAAACAGCCAGUGUUCCUGAUCCUCGUGGCAUGCCCUUACACAGUCAGUGA